UAUAUAUAUAACCCAAAGAGAAAGCUGUAUACUUUGAAGCCUAGAAAAUAUGGAACAAGAAAUAAAAAGACACAGAGAUCUGGUUAUGGCUCUAGCUAAUAAGAAGCGUUUGUCUGAAAUUGAUAAGAAGCUCGCUAUGAUUGAGUCUACUUUUAAAAUAAACUAUGGCUAUUGGCUUAAAGGAAUGAUCGAUGAUUCAUCAUCAUCAGCAACUCCUGACAGUAAAGUAAGGCGAUCUAAGACGAGCCGAGUGGAGACGAGACCUGACCUUCCGGAACAACCUAUUCGUGGUUUUGUAAACGAGUCCUUGUUCUUGAAGAACUUCUUGCUGAAGAGUAAGGGAUCCGAAGAGUUCAAGACGCUAGCGAUCGUGGGGAAGUUCGGAGUCGGGAAAACGACCUUGUGUCAGGAUGUGUUCAACGACAAAGACGUGAAAGAAGCUUAUCUCCCGAGGGUAUGGGUGUCUAUGUACAGCGAAGAAACUAAAGAAGAUGAAGGAGAUCAAAAGGGAGCUGUGCUGAAGAGGAUCUUGAGAUCGCUUGGAGUUGAAGAUGAGGCGCUUGACAGCAUCAGAACAGAAGCAGACGAAGAGAAGAGGAAAAACGCUGAAGAAGGGAGAAGAGAUGAAGAGACGGUUAAAGAGAAGGAGCUCUUUAGGUUACUGAAUGCUCUUAACUCGAAUCUGUUUGGUAAGAGAUAUCUGAUCGUGUUGGACGAUGUCUGGGAGGAUAACGAGUGGAGUCAGAGGCUGGAUGGUGAGGAGGCACAACAGGAGAAAACGCAUCUUUCUUGUGGGUUUCCUAAAGGGUCUGGUGGGAGAGUGAUUGUGACAAGCAGAGACGAGGGCCUGGCCAAGAAGAUAGUCGGAGAAGAAGAGAACGUGCAGCGUCUGUUCCCGAGAUCAGACGUAGAGAGCGUGUGGGAGAUCUACAAAGAUGCAUUUGGAGAGCCCAUGAAAGAUGAAAAUGGAGAAGUCGUGAAAGAUGCAGCUGGAGAACCGAUGAAGGAUGCCGUUGAAAAGCACGUGAUAGGUGAAGAUGGUAGGCCAACAAAAUGGGUAGUGAACCCGAGGUACCCAGGGAGAUACAAAAAGGAGCUUAUGGAUAAGUCUGGUGGUGUUCCUUGGGCUGCUCAAAUGCUGGCGAAGAUUGAGCCUCUCAAAAAUGAUGAAGACAAGGACAUGUAGACAAACUUGUAAAGCAAGGAUGUAAUCUACUACGUAUUUACUCUCUAACCUAAGGACACAUUUCAAGAUUACUACUGUAUUUCAAGUUUAUUUUAUUUUCCUACAAACUGUUAAGUGUACUUGUAACUCGUAAAAGUGUAAACCUCUCUGCUGGUAUUUGACAAUAAACAAUGUAAUAAAGAGUUACAACACA